AUGGGUCUUUACGUUUCCAAGCUCUUCCAGGGCCUCAUUGGCCGAAAGGAGAUGCGAAUUCUGAUGGUUGGUCUCGAUGCCGCUGGUAAGACCACCAUUCUCUACAAGCUCAAGCUCGGUGAGAUUGUCACCACCAUCCCCACAAUUGGUUUCAACGUGGAGACUGUCGAAUACAAGAACGUCACUUUCACAGUUUGGGAUAUCGGUGGACAGGACCGAAUCCGACCUCUCUGGCGAUACUACUACCAGAACACCCAGGGUGUUAUCUACGUUGUUGACUCCAACGAUCGAGAUCGAAUUCCCGAUGCUCGAGAAGAGCUCCAGCGACUCCUCAACGACGACGAGCUCCGAGACGCCCUUCUCCUUGUCUUUGCCAACAAGCAGGAUCUGCCCAACGCCAUGGAUGCUGCCGAGAUCACUGAGAAGCUUGGUCUGUCUUCAUUAAGACAACGACCCUGGUACAUCCAGGCUACUUGUGCCACCUCUGGUGACGGUAUCUACGAGGGUCUUGAGUGGUUGGUCACCAACCUCAAGAACACUACUUAA